CCGAUUUGCGUGAUUAAAUGGAUUGGGUUUCUACUACUAAACACUAGACUAGCUUAACUCUACUAUGACUGUAGGACUUCGAGGCUAAACAUGGCAGCUCUUUCUCUCGCAUUCACUUCUUCAUCUUUACUCAACCAAAACCCUCAAUUCCGACCUCCCAAACCAUUCCUUUCCUCUUGUCUGUCUUUUGUCGCAGGGUGCACCUCUAAGGCUAGGGCUUUCACUGCCUUGGCGGCGCCGGUGGAUGAAGAAACGGUGGAGGAAGAAACAUGGAAGCAGCCAAGACCCACCGAAGUCUACGUCUGCAACCUUCCAAGAAGCUGUGACACAGAACAACUGCUUCAUAUCUUCAACCCUCACGGAACUGUUCUGUCUGCAGAGAUUUGCCGGAGUGAGGAGACGGGUGAAAGUAGAGGGAGUGCUUAUGUCACAAUGGCAUCUAUUAACUCCGCAAAGAAUGCAAUUGCUGCAUUGGAUGGAUCGGAUGUUGGUGGGCGCGAAAUGCGGGUUAGAUUUUCUGCUGAGAUGAAUCCUAACAGGAGGAAUCUUGAUACAAUGAACUCAUCACCCAAGAGAGUUAUAUACUAUGAAGGUCCUCAUAAGUUGUAUGUUGGGAAUCUUUCCAAGGCUGCUAGGCCUGAAGACUUGAGACAACUUUUCGGUAGAUUUGGUAACGUGGCUAGUGUAAGGGUGUUGCAUGAUUUGAGACAAGGGAAGCGCAGGUUCUAUGCGUUUGUCUCUUAUCUUUCAGAGAGAGAACGUGAUACAGCAAUGUCCCUCAACGGAACAGAGUUUUGUGGCCGUACGCUAGUGAUUAGAGAGGGUGUAGAGAGAGAGGACUGAGAUCUAACUAGAUGCGCAGAUUUUUUUGUAGGGAUUGCUGCAAUUUUGGCUGUCUUGGGAGGAAGCUCUCUGUUGUGGUGGUAUGUAUAACUGAGAUUGAUGCGAGAACCUUCCUGAACUAGAAAAUGCCAUCAAGAGAGUUGACCAACUGUGAGAAUUCCAUCAAAAUCUGGAUUUGUACACUUAGUUGUAUUUCAAAUUGCUGUCAGCAGUAUCUAUCUGUAUUUGAAAGUUGAAAAACAUGAUUUUGUGAGUGACAACAAAAUAUUCAACUUGAGGUUAAGAAUGUCGGUCCGAUAAGGAACUUCUUUUAA